CGGUCUAAACAAAUCGCAUCGGGUACAAGUUUUCUUUUUGUAUAUACACGAUUUAUUAUUUAUAGACACAAACCUUUUUAACAAACCUUUUUAACCUUUUUAACAGAACAUCUACCGAUUAUUGGACAUAACCAAACAAAGAUGGAGAUAAUCGACGUGACUUUUAUAAUUGGGGCUGCAGUCGCCCAAAAGAGCGGCCACGUGAGGGAGUCGAUCGAGAUAAACAGGACGUUCAUACACGAACUAAUUGAAGUGAGCAGAAGCAACACCACUGUUGACAGGAUAAAGACAUCCCUGUCCAACAAGUUCAAAACAUUCCAUACAAGUCUACAAAAAGUACUCGAGAAACUGGGAUCUACAGAUGGAAAUCAGUUGGUGACAGAUGCAAUACUACAAGAGGUUAACGCUGACGUGGCAAUGUUGGAGCACGUAGUCCAGCGGGCGAAAGACGAAGGUGGGCUGGUGUUCAAGAAGAGGAAAAUGAAAGAAAGUGAACGCCUAACGAAGCUAAACGCCAUCCUGAAGCCAAAAAAGCUUAGGUGCCGAAACAUAAGAGACACCGUCGCGACACUCGACGAGAGAAUAGCCAAACUGGAAAAGCUCGAGGCUGAGAGCCUUCAGGAGUACGUCAGAGUCGCAAGGAGGGUGUUUGAAAAUAUAAGGGUCCUAAGUACUGUUGGUGAGAUCGUCGCUGGCCCUCGUCGCCUCGUUGUAAAUUUUUCGGGUGUUGACACGGAUAUAACACCAAAGCCCGUCAAAGACGGGUACACUACAACAGCCAGGCCAACGUAUGAUCUAGUCUUCCGUCGAUUUGCACAGGCUCACGCUUAUGAGUACGUGAUUGGCGAUGCCACUUUCAGAAGACGGGAGAAAAAGCCGAAAAACGACAGACACCAACAAGGAAAGCAGCAGACACCAAGAUCAAGAAAAGCACAGACACACGCUAUUACGAUGGUGUCUCUGAGGUUUCGACACAUCAGCUUUGUUGACUUCAUGAUGGCGUUUAACUUCGUCAGGCGUUCAAGUUUAUUGAAUAUGGCGUGGGCGAGAGUACAUACUGCAGUGCACUGGUUAUACCCAACAGAAAACCCAGUGUGAACCCGCCUCUCGCUCUCCCAUGCCUUUCUCUUCUCGAAGAUCAGCCCAUCCUCUUAUAUCGCUCUCUCUACUAGUUGUGAUAUCUGGAACAGACGCGAAAACAAUGAAAACGAGAGAAGGAGCCGAAGAAACAGCAGAGACAGCAAACGUCGAAAGGGGCACAAAAGAAGACUAGCACUGACAACGCACGACUCCUCAAACCCAUCCACCGUUUAACCAACUUAAAUUUUAAUAACUUUACAAUAUUUAAAUCCCAUCUUGUAUCUAACCACACAAAUAUUGUACAAAUAGUUUCAGGCCACAUGUUCUGCCAAACAACCAAUUAACACUAAUUAAUAACUAAACACCGAUCAAUGACAUUUUUUAAACGCACCUUUAAGAGUGCUCCAACGAGUCGUUGUGCACACCGGGUAGUGUGGAUCUUGUUUGUAUGAAUGAUUUUGUAUUUAAUAUGUGUUUCAAGUUCAUAUUGCCUACAUUAUGUUCUCGAACACCCUCCUUGCUACUCGAACAUACUCCAGGAGGCUGCCAUGUUUAUAUUAAUAGUUACGACGUACUACCAUUCGAUAUCUAUGUAUUAUUUCAUGACAAUAAACGAA